GUUUUGGAACAGAGGGGAGUUUCACAGGAAAUAACUAAAGCGGUUCUGAGGGAAAGCGUAGCUCUAAAAGGCCAGGUGUGAUCAUGGGGAAGGCACUUUCCCACCUGUCCAAGCAGACAUGUCAUGAGGAGUGCCACGCCACCCUGACCUCUGGCCCUGAGUAUAACCGCAUGCCAAGUGAGGAUGUCAAGGGUGGUGGGGAUGUCUCUCAGUUCCCCUACGUGGAGUUUACUGGCAGGGACAGUGUCACCUGCCCAACAUGCCAAGGCACUGGAAGAAUCCCACGAGGUCAGGAAAAUCAGCUGGUGGCGUUGAUUCCAUACAGCGACCAGAGGCUGAGGCCAAGGAGAACAAAGCUAUAUGUGUCAGCCUCGGUCAUCGUUUGCCUGCUGCUCUCAGGCCUGGCAGUGUUUUUCCUGUUUCCACGCUCCAUUGAUGUGACCUAUGUUGGGGUGAAGUCUGUAUAUGUCACCUACGACCAGGCCAAGCACAUUGUGUAUCUCAAUAUUACUAACACGCUGAAUAUUACAAACAACAAUUACUACUCGGUGGACGUGGCCAACAUCACAGCUCAGGUGCAGUUCUCCAAGACUGUGAUUGGAAAAACCCGUGUUAGCAAUAUUACCACCAUCGGCCCACUUGACAUGAAGCAGAUUGAUUACAUGGUGCCUACCAUUAUAGCUGAUGAAAUGAGUUACAUGUAUGAGUACUGUACCAUGCAGACUAUCAAAGUGCACAACAUUGUAGUCAUGAUGCAGGUCACGGUCACCACGGUGUAUUUCGGCCACGCUGAGCAGGUCUCUCAGGAGAUGUACCAGUAUGUGGACUGUGGAGGAAACACAACAUCGCUGCAUGAGUACAAUCUAAGAACUCCUGCCUCAGAUUAAUGCUCAAGCUGGGGGUACGCUGUGUUUAUCCCUUUUCCCUGCAAUCACCAAGUCCGUUAUAUUUUGUCAAAUUGCUAGAUUCCAUUACAUACAAUUGUUGAAUAACAAGGGUGUUUCAAAAAUCAUGAGUAAUGCACUUUAUUUUCCAAUCUCCCAAGACCUCUGUAUUCUUAGUGUGUAGUGCAAAUAAGACAACUGAAAAACCACUCACAGGUGUAUAUUUACAUACUCUUUUAAUGUUUGACAAAAACACUUUAGUUGGAGACACUGCUACACUAAAACUUGAAAGCUGUCUGCUUAAUAUCUAAGCUUCUGUAUUAAAAAACCAUGCACCUU